GUAAUAUAUCACUUCUUGAUGCCGAGUAGUGUUUAGCCAGAGCAAAAGAGAAAGAAAGAAGCCAUGGACAAUUUCCUAGUCCUCGCUCUAACGUCCAUUCUCUGUGCAUCUUUUCUCAUCUGCAUCGCAUUCAUCAAAGGAGCCUCUAGUAAAUCUCUCGAACGAGCCUCUAUCCUUGAGUUCUCAACUUGUUUCGUUCGAUCAUCAUCGUCUUCUUCAUACAGGCUCCCACCAGGUCCUCGUCCCUACCCAGUUAUUGGAAACAUCCUAGAGCUCGGCUCUGACCCUCUCUUGUCCAUCACGAACCUCUCGAAAUCUUAUGGACCCAUUAUGUUACUCAAGUUAGGCACAAGGACCGCCAUAGUCAUCUCUUCUCCAGAAAUAGCUAGAGAAGCUUUUCACAAACACGAUCUAGACUUCUCUAGUCGAACCUUCCCUGAUAGUGCUCGAGCUCUUGAUCAUCACCAAGUCUCCGUAGCUUGGCUUCCCAUUUCGCCUAAGUGGAGAGCCCUUAGACGAGCUGGUGUUACGAAAGUCUUUUCAACUCUGAAGCUAGAUUCCACCCAGUUUCUACGUCAAAACAAGGUAGAGGACUUAAUCAAUCAUGUUCGUGAAUAUUCCAUUAAAGGUGAGGCUAUAGAUCUCGCUGAGGCUUUCUUUAACACAGUUCUCAAUUUAGUAUCGAAUAUGCUUUUCUCCAUGGAUUUUUCUUGUCAUGGUUCUGAUAAGACUCAGGAGUAUAAGAAGUUGGUGAUUGGGAUCGUAGAUGAAAAUGGGAGGGCUAAUGUUUCUGAUCUGUUUCCCUUUUUGAGUUUUCUGGAUCCACAAGGCGUUCGUGCGAGGUUGAGAGGUUACUAUAAAAAAUUGUAUAAGCUUUUUGAUGAUAUUUUGGAAGAGAGAUUGUGUCUCAGGAGUUCGAACAUGGAGUCCAAAGAUUACAAUGAUGUGUUGGAUUCAUUUCUCAAUCUUAUCCAAGACAAUUCUUCCCAAUUGAGCCGUGGUGAUAUCAUUCAUUUUUUCAUGGAUUUAUUUGUGGCGGGGACAGACACAACAUCGAGCACACUUGAAUGGGCAAUGGCAGAAUUAAUACGAAACCCAGAAAAAAUGAUAAAAGCCAGAAUAGAGCUCCAACAAGUUCUUGGUAACAAAAGUGAUACUUUGAAACUUGAAGAGACUACAGUCUCAAUGUUGCCUUACCUACAAGCAGUACUAAAAGAGACUUUACGCCUACACCCUCCAGCACCAUUUCUAGUACCCCACAAGGCAAUUUGUGAUGUAGAGUUAAGUGGCUUCUUAGUGCCCAAAAACGCACAGCUUUUAGCAAAUGUGUGGGCUAUGGGAAGAGACCCAGGCAUAUGGGAAAACCCUAAUUCAUUUGUCCCUGAAAGGUUUUUGGAAAGUGAGAUUGGCUUUAAGGGUAAUGAUUUUAAGUUUAUUCCAUUUGGUGCUGGAAGGAGGAUAUGUCCUGGAUUGCCCUUGGCUUCUAGAGUACUUGCCUUUAUGUUGGCCUCUCUUAUAUAUCACUUCGAUUGGGAGGUCCCAAAUGGGCUAAAGACAGAGGACAUGGAUAUGAGUCAAACCUAUGGGAUUACGUUGCACAAGGCUCAACCUCUAAGAGCCGUUCCUGUCAAAAUGUAGUUGUUAACUUGUUUCUUUCAUGAAGAAUUAAUGUUUGUAAAAGCAUGUGAUACUCGAAGAAAUAAAUAAUCAUUUGUACUGUUGCUUGA